UACUGCAUAGAAAUGCAUGGAUUAAUGAAUUCAUGUUUCAUAAAAAUAUUUGAUCUACUUAAAUUUGAGGUCAACAAAUUUCACAUGAAUGUGAUUGGAUAAUCGUUUGCUUAAAUAUGCAGGCGUCUUAUUUGUUAUUGUAAUUGAGUAGUGUUUGGUAUGAAGAAGGUAAUAAUAAUGAUGUGAUCGAGUACAAAACUUAAGGGUAUCAGCAUGUAACAUUUAAUACGAAGGUGUUUUUUCGACAAAAGGAAAAUGGUCUCAAAAAGGAGCGUUUUUAUUCCAUAUGUCAUUAUAAUUGACAUGGUUAUAUUUAUAAUAUUCGGUAAAUGCGCGAAUGCCAAUGAACGCCGUGAUAGUUACCGUAAUACACAGGUUUUAAAACUUACUCCAUCGAGUUCAUAUCAUGCACGCACAAGCAUGAUACCCAUAAAACAAAACGAUUUGGAAAAUAAUAAUGUCUUUAUAAAAACAACUGAAAGGAAUGGUGUCUUCACAAAUACAGCUGAAAGUGACAACAUUUUAAACAAUUCGUUAAGUCAGCCAACUGGUGCAAACUACGCAAACUAUACACGUGGAAAUAUAUCAAGAACGGAAUCGGUUGGUUCUGUACAGGAAUAUAUUUCAUAUGUCAACACCAAUAAAAUGACACUAAUUACAUCUACUGAUGUAGAUUCCAGUGAAUUAUUCAACAAUUCUGCCAAAACAGAUUCUGAACACAAGGCAUCCACAACAGAGAGCAGACAGCCACUCGAGCCUCAGGAGGUGCACUAUUUCGUAAAACAAUUGACGACGACUUUCAUUCUUCAGCCGAAACAUAACCCGAGAUUGUUCCAUCACCAUUUGCAGCUGAUGCCUAUGGACGAUGAGCCGUUCGAUUCAGAUCUGUUCAAGGACCACCGAUAUGUCCUGGGCGUGUUGGUGCCAAUCUUUGUAGUUGCCAUAGGAACAGCGAUGAUCAUGGCUACGUUGUUCUCACUUAGAUACAUAGCCCGUCGGCGAGCCGUAGGAGAGUUCCCUUUGACCGACGGGGGGUCUAUGGAAAAGCGAGCACAGUCUAUAUCUGAAAUUAGUUCUGAGAGAACGGAUCGAAUGCUGUUGCUACCCGUUGAAGAUGAUGUUGAUAUAUAACCAUCCGUGACAUCGUGUGAAACCUAAACUGUUUUUCUAGUAUCACAAUUACUUUUCUGUAGAUUGUGGGUGUUAUGUUCGAUCCGAGAGCUUCUCAGCAACAUGAUGACACGAGUCAUGACUAAAACUGCGUAUUUCGCCCACGUUAUUUGUGUUUAUUUCUUGCACCCACCAUCAGUGACCCGUUGUUAACAAUAUACACGGUAUUGCAAAAACAGAUGUCAAUUAUGGACUUUGAAAUGUUAACAUAAUUAUCAUAGAAAAUAUAUUUGUCAUUGAAACGAAUAUACAUAAACAGGAAUAAAUGAUUUUAUGUCAACAACUGUAUACGACUUUCCAUCCGAGUUAUGUUGUUAUCUCAGCUGUUUAUUGAACAUGAAAUAGGUUAUUUUUAA